AUGCUUCAAGGAGAUGAUUUUACCCAUGGUGAUGGAAAAGGUGGGGAAUCCAUCUAUGGAGAAAAGUUUGCUGAUGAGAAUUUCAAGCUCAAGCAUACUGGACCAGGGCUUCUGGCAAUGGCGAACCCUGGCCCCGACACCAAUGGUUCACAGUUCUUCAUCACAACUGUGACAACCAGCUGGUUGGAUGGCCGCCAUGUUGUCUUUGGGAAGGUGCUAUCCGGAAUGGACGUGGUUUACAAGAUUGAAGCUGAAGGAAAGCAAAGCGGAACACCCAAAAGCAAAGUCGUGGUUGCAGACAGUGGCGAACUUCCUUUGUGA